CCUCUGGCCUGUUGGAAGGGGGAAGGCGGUCAAGCGCAAAAAGCGAUGUCAGAAAGGGGCCGUUUUUAACGAUCAGGCGAGCUAUCUCGCGGGGUAAAGCGGCCGUUUCUUGAAGUAUCGUCAAAGCCGGCUUGAAAUGUUCCGUCAAAGCUUCCUUUGAACUUUCGGGAAGGAAGGGUAGUCUAUUACCAAUGAAGAUGGAAGCUGGAUCAGUGGCUACAAAGCUGGCCCUAUUCGAUCUCUACAGCUACAGCUAGAGCAGCUUUGGAAGAAGCACUAGGGAGGCGCAGGCAGCUGCCAGGCGGCUCAAUGUACUGUUUUACAAGCUGCAAUUCUGGUUUCAAAGCCCUUAGGUAGCACCAAGGAGACAGCAUUUACAAAUCUUGUUGGGGUUUAAGCAAACAUCCUGCAGUAAAUCUAGAGAUAGCAAGCUGCAGAAACAAUGCUCGAGGAACGAGUGGCAGACUGAUUGUUACAACCUGUCUUUCAAUGCAAGUAAGGGAAUAGGAAGCAUGGUAGGAGUGGAAUCAACUACCUAGGGCAGACUCACUGACAAGUUGGUACAGUUGGUGCAGCUCAAUAAGGGUUUUCCAAAUGAGGCUCCAGCACCAAGAGAACUCCUCCUUGUCCUGCUAACAUAAACAGCAACUGGUGCACAUCUAGGAGAAUGGCUGCUGAUAAGACGUGCCGGCGCAAAGGCUGCCGAUAUGAGGUGCUCCAGGUGUAGUGCAAAUGGGAUUGACGUGUGGUACUGCACAAGAGAGUGCCAGGCUGCAGACUACAAGGCUCACAAGCAGGCCUGCAAAGCUGGGGUAGCAAGCUUCGACUCCACCCAUCCAGAAACCACUUCCUAUGGAAACCGCAUGUUCACGUCGCAAGGCCUUCCAAAGGGCCUCCAAACAGUUGCCGCUUCCAAAGACAAUCCCCGGCAAUGGUGCGAAGGUCCGAGCGAAAAGCGGACAUACAUACGGUUUGUAGACUCAUUCCGACUUCGAACAGAGGACGAGUAUUCGUUCAAUGGGGACGUGUCAGGACUGUAUGCGCAAGAAGACCCGAUGCCGUGCUUCAAGCGGUACUUGAAGAAGGCCAAGGCAAAAGGGCUGAUGCCAGACUGGUGGAACGCUGAAAAAGAGGCCGAGCUUCUGGACGUGGCGCGCUCCGACAAGUGGGCGGCGAUCCACUUAGCGGUCGAAAAGAGUGACAUCACUGAGCAUUACGGGUAUGCUUCGAUGGAGCAUAUGGUCCUCCGCGGUUUGGCCGAGCAGGUUACGGGAAGUAGUGUUAUGUCGAUGUUCUAAGCAAGCCAAUGCCAUCCGGUUAUGAAAGGAAACCUCAGUUUGAGAAUUGAUUGGGCCUGGGUGCGUCGACAACACUGUCAUGCAAAUACUCUGAUCCUGAUUGCAAAAAAGUGCUACAAGGUCGGAGUGCGUCAAAGGCAAGGAAGAUGUUGGGAAACUAUUGUCGCUCUACAUGCAAAGGCGGCUGAUUUGAGCAGUUUGCAAACCAGAAGUUCAAAUAGUACUGCAACUAAAGAAUCAUGAGCUACCGCCCGAACCCAUGCCGAUUUGCAAUUGAACAGGAGCCAGACAAUCAUUGGUUCAUGUUCCUUACCUAGUUGCUUGGGCAAACACAUGGCCUACUAGCUAGAAGCGCUGGUACGGGCUGCGCCACCGCCCAGCGACUAGGCUGGGCGGUCAUUCGAGUCGAACCUAACGUAUCCGAUCUGGACAAUGGUCGGUCUGAUCGAGUCAAGGGCUGCGCGCUUCCGUCGGAAGUUCCACGAACACUUAUAUCGAGGUUCUAACUUUUGAG